AUGCUACGAACUCUAUCUACAUGCGCCUAUGGCAUGUUGCAUGCCUGGCCUGUCAAGCUUCGUGCUUCGGAAGUGCGUCACUCCUCCGGUGCUUCGGAAGCAGCUUCUAUGUCCCCACCUCUUUUUGUGCCGCGCAACAUCUGGUGCAUCGGCCGCAACUAUGCUGAGCACGCCCGCGAGCUGGGCAACGAAGUUCCAAGCGUUCCCAUGAUUUUCCUCAAGGCGGGCACAUCCGCAGUGGCUCCUGGAGACCUGCUGCUCCCGAGCUGGUCGACGGACGUGCACCAUGAGGUGGAGCUGGCAGUUGAACUGGGAGCGGACCUUAGCCCUGUUCGCGCGGCGGUGGCACUGGACCUUACGGCGCGUGAUGUACAGGCGCAACUCAAGAAGCAGCAAUGGCCGUGGACGCUCGCCAAGAGCUUCACAGGGUCGACACCUCUGGGGCCACCCUUCAGUCUUCUAGGUGUGGAUCCCGCGUCGCUGGUACUCACCUUGGAUGUAAACGGCGUGCGAAGGCAGACAGGGCGAACUGCUGACAUGAUCUUCAGCCUGCAGAAACAGGUGCAAUACGUGCAGCAGCACUUCCCGGUGGCGCCAGGCGACGUGUUGCUCACGGGCACGCCACCGGGCGUGUCGGCGAUGCGGCCCGGGGAUGAGGUUGUGGCCCGAGUGCUCGGGCCGUCAGGGGCCGUGCUGAGUGAAGGGACUUGGCGUGUGACUGCGAGUCCGAACAGCUGA